ACUAGAGGACUACUUAAUUUCAUUGCCUGAAUUGCAAAAUUCUGAAUCCAGGUUCUGACCAGAAACUCUGCAGGUCUUGUGUAGAAUCUCAGAAUGGUUCUAAUGUAGCCUAUCAUUUUUCCAGACCAUUGCUACGGAAAAAUCAGAAGAAGGAACUAUGCCAUUUCUUUGUUAUAAAAAAAAGUUCAUUUUUCUUCCCAACAAUUUAUCAGAGCACUUACCCGUCGUUUUACACCCCGAACUCGGUUCACCUUACUCCCUAAGAUAUUUCUCUCUUUUUUAUGUAUCAGUCGUAUUUUGGACUGAAGUUUGAUAGAAUCAAUAGCUGUAUCAUAACAUACCUUGAUAUUUUUAAAAUGUUUAUCACUGUUUAUAUAAAUUAAAAUCACUAAGACUGAUUUAAAAAAUCAAGGUUUUAAAUUUAAAUAAAUAGUUACGAAAAUAAUUUGGAACUUUCAUAGUGAUGUCAUCCAUGGCUUUAACAAUUUUCAACUUAAAAUACGAUUUAUAUAAAGAGAAACAAAAUAUUAUUAAGUAUUAAAGUGAACGUCUUUAAUAUUAUUUUGGAAAGGUAAAAUGACCAUCAUCUCCUAUUUAAUUGGUGGUUUAUUGUCGGAUCGACUCAAUUAAAGGUAUGUAGUAUGUACAAAAAUAAAAUCUAAUAUGGGCUCUAUGUAUUAAUACAUGUCACUAUACUAUUAUAUCCUAUUAUAUCCUAUAAUAGUAGAAAUUAUAUCCUAUAAUAGUACUAUAAUAGUAGAAAUAACGGGAUCUUUUAAUUAUUAGUGCUCUAUUUUUUUCUAUUAUCAUUCUUUCGUUUUCUCCACUAUCGUGCAACAAAAAAUUCCGUUAAUAAGUGAUAAGAAUCGACUAUAAGCCAUUGCCAUACGCAACAACAAUGUUAAUUUCUGUUUUAUUUCCUUUCUCUCGUCACCAAAUUUACUUGAUGAAAACUCGUUAUUGAACACCAUUUUGCUCAAUUGUCAUCUGCAUACUAUUUUUGAAACUGACCAAUCAGGCAAUAUCUUUGUGAUUGAGAUGAAGGGAUAUGCUAAGAUGUCCAGGGGAAUUGUCCAAAUGCUAAGAUUGAGGCAAAAGGUUACAUUUGGGAUGUCUUUAUCUCAUCCAAUUAAUCCACGGAUACCAUGAAAUUAAAUGCUUGGAAUUAACGCCUUCUAUAUAUUUCAGUGAACAAAUCUUCAGAUAUAGAACUCCCAUUUUGCCGAACAUUAAUUACCAAGGUACAAAACCGAAUCGCCCCUAUAAAUUAAGAGGGAUCAGUCGCACCUCGCCGAGCCAACAUUCAGAUCAUCAACCACAAGUUCAGAAAAUAAAUCAGUCAGUAGCUCAUCCGGUUGCCAUUGCCAAUAUAGUUCUUGCGAGUAAUCAGUUCAGUUUAAGCCGCUACUAGUACAAAACAAUGGCACGGGCAGGAAGCGUCUGCGUCGCCGUUCUGCUGGCCGUCUGCUGCGCCGAGACGAUCCUCGUCGCCGGCGCGACGGAGUGGCACGUCGGCGACGACAAGGGCUGGACCUUCGGCGUCGCCGGCUGGGAGAACGGCAAGGCCUUCAAGGUCGGCGAUGUGCUCGUGUUCAAGUACAGCCCGAUGAUGCACAACGUGCUGCAGGUGGACCAUGCCGGGUACGACGGCUGCAAGGUCGGCGCCGGCGACAAGAAGUACGCCUCCGGCAACGACAGGAUCACCCUCGCCGCCGGCAAGGUCUUCUUCAUCUGCGGCUUCCCCGGGCACUGCGCCAACGGCAUGAAGAUCGCCGUGGCCACCAAAUAGAUGUUGUUUGUUGUGUUGAUCCAUUUAUCAAUGCAUGUGAUCAAAAUAAUGUGCUCCCCGUUUGUCUUUUAUUUAGUUUUUGGGAUAAAAAACUAAUAUUUAUACUCGUAGAGCAUUUGAAUUGUUUGUUCACGCACAAAAAAAAUUCAGUUUCAUCGUCCUGUUAUCGAUAAUAAUUUCACAUCAACAAUUGAUGCAUUUGUAAUUGGUUUUGACGAUUGUCUCUAGAUAUGUCAAUUGGAUCCCAAUUUUUCA